CCGGUGGAGGUGCCGGACCAGCUGGACAGCCAGGAAACCCUGGACGACCAGGAAACCCCGGAGCUCCUGGAGCCCCAGGAAACCCAGGAAGACAAACUACUCAACCAUGCCCCGUGUACACACCUGCUCCAUGCAACCCUUGCCCAGCUGGACCACCUGGACCACCAGGAGCCCCUGGACAGCCCGGAGAUCCUGGACGCGACGGAAACCCAGGAGGACCCGGAAACCCAGGAGGACCAGGAACACCCGGACCAAAGGGACCACCAGGACAAAGCGGAAACCCUGGAAGCCCAGGAUCCCCAGGACAGCCUGGACAGCCCGCCAAUUCCAUUCCAGCCACCCCCGGAGCUCCUGGACCUGCUGGACCUCCCGGACCUGCAGGACCACCUGGACCCAACGGACAGCCCGGAAAUCCAGGAUCACCAGGAAAUCCUGGACCCAAGGGACCACCUGGAGGCGAUGGUCAGCCUGGAAACGACGGAAACCCAGGAACCCCUGGAAACAGAGGUACCCCAGGAACCCCUGGAGAACGAGGAAUCUGUCCCAAAUAUUGCGCUCUCGACGGAGGUGUCUUCUUCGAGGACGGAACUCGCCGCUAA